GCCGCUCCCGAGCGGGAUAAAACCUGUCCCGGCUGUUUCCUCAUCCCUUCAGCAGCCUCGCUGCCCCGUGUGCGGUGCUUGGGAGCCGCUGGAGGUGUUGAUCAUGAAGGCAUCAGUACCAGCUGUGGCUGUGUGGGGGAGAACAGCUCCCUCUCACAGCAUCACUGCUGUGAUGAUCACAGAUGACCAGCAGACCAUAGUUACAGGGAGCCAAGAAGGACAAAUAUGUCUCUGGGAUCUUUCAUCAGACUUACAGAUUUCAUCUAAAGAAAUGCUCUUUGGCCAUACUGCUUCUGUAACUUGUUUGGCAAAAGCAAGAGAGUUUGAGAAACAGCCAUAUGUAGUAAGUGCUACUGAAAAUGGGGAGAUGUGUGUUUGGAAUGUCACUAGUGGACAGUGCAUUGAGAACGCAAAGCUUCCUUAUAGGCACACAGCAAUCCAUUAUUACCAUUGCUCAUUCCGAAUGACAGGUGAAGGCUGGCUUCUUUGUUGUGGAGAAUAUCAAGAUGUUCUUAUUAUUGAUGCUAAAACUUUGGGUGUUCUUCACACUUUGUCAUCAUCUCAGUCCUCUGAUUGGAUAAAAUGUAUGUGUGUUGUACACUCUGCAAGAAUUCAAGAGGACUCUUUAGUUGCAGUGUCUGUAGCUGGAGUUCUCAAAGUAUGGGACCUGUCUUCAUCUCUGAGUAGCAUUCAGGAGAAACAAUGUGUGUGCGAGAAGGAAUCAAAAUCUCUGGACUGCAUAAACUGUCAAGCAGUAAGAUUUUGUACUUACACAGAAAGGCUCCUUCUUGUUGUGUCCUCCAUGUGCUGGCAGGUCUAUGAUUAUUGUGAUUUCUCCUUGCUUUGUACUGAGUUCUGUAAGAGUGGUCAGUGCUUUGCUGGUGGGGAAGUGCUGGCAGCUUACAGACUUAUCAUCUGGACAGAAGAUGGCCACAGUUACAUCUACCAGCUGCUAAACAGUGGCCUUUCUAAAAGCAUGUACCCUGCUGAUGGGAAGGCACUGAAGGAAACAGUUUAUCCUCAUUUACUCAGCUUUACUGGUAUGAAGGAAAAUAAGAGUCUUCCUUCUGUCAUGGGCUUCAUGAAUGAAAGAAAGGAGCCUUUCUACAAGGUUCUUUUUUCUGGUGAAGUUUCAGGACGGAUCACUUUGUGGCACGUUCCUGAUGUUCCUGUGUCAACGUUUGAUGGUUCUCCAAAAGAGAUCCCAAUUACAACCAUGUGGACUCUUCAGGAUAAUUUUGAUAAACAUCAUUCCAUGUCAGAGGGGAUUAUUCAUGAACUUUGUGGAUCUGAAGAUGGAUUUGGAAGUGCAGUUGUCAGUUCCUCUGUGUACAUACCUGGUCUUGAUAAGCUUGUAUGUGGAUGUGAAAAUGGAAAAAUUUUUGUAACGUUAGGUUUAGAAACUGCAAGAGCAAGACUUUUAGAAAACAUAUCUUUUCUUAAAGAUAAUCUACCUUAUAAGGUUCUGAAUGGUCACAGUAGCAGAGUCACUUGCUUACUUUAUCCACAUGACAAAUCAGUAAGAUUUGAUCCCAGCUGGCUGUUAUCAGGGGGCCAGGAUUCUGUUGUGAUCUUGUGGGAUAUAUUUACUGGAGGCAUCCUACAGCUGUUUAAUCUGCAGUCUGGUGCAGUGACAGAGCUCUUGCGGUCCCCAGAACACUACAGAUUAAAAGACCAGAGUAUAGUGUGCUGUCUGUGCAGUGACCACUCAGUAGCAAUUCUACACCUCCAGAAGAGACAAUGUCUCUUACAUGCUAGAAAGCAUCUGUUUCCUGUGAAGAAGAUAAAAUUUGACCCUCUUGAGAAUGUGCUAAUUGUUGGAUGUGAAGACAAUUCAGUUUAUAUUUGGGAAAUUGAAACAGGCACACUGGAACGACAUGAAACGGGUGACACAGCAAGAGCAAUUCUGGCUGCCAUUGAAGACUCAGAAUACUUAGUGGCAGGUGCUCUACUUCCUGUGUCUCAGGAGUCAAAAUGCAACAAGAGUUCUGGAUACAAACAAUCCAGCUCAUAUAAGCAUGGCAUGGGCCCGUAUCCAGCUCAUACAGAGAAAACUUCAGAUAAGUUGACUGAUACCAGCUGCAUCCAACAGCCCUUUACUAUUUUACCAGCUAAGACAAAAUGGAACAAUGCAAACUUUCAUAUUCUCUUAUUUGACCUGGAAAAACUUGAGGAACUUCUCUCAUCUCAACUCAAUGGAUUAAAGUCAUCAAAAUCAUUCCACAACCAAUACACUCUAGAAAGAGCUAAAAGUACUACUGAGAAAAGGGCACUGACAUUAAAAAGAAAUAAAACUGCUGCCUUUGUACCUCAAGUAGAUGGGCAGUCAGAGACUGUUUGUUCAGACCAAGUUCACAGGGAUAAUAAUGCAACUAGGCCUAUGGAAGAAGGUGGUGGCAUAAAAAGAUGGAAAAAAAUGAAGAGUUCAAGAAAGAUCAGAAUGCAGCCAUCAGGAAACAUCGAUGUGAACAUGGCAACUGAUACGGCCAAACUGCUUCUGUCAUGUCUCCUACCAUGGGGUGUAGAUAAAGAAAUAGACAAUCUCUGUGCAAGACACCUGAACAUCUUGAGGCUUCGGUGUCCUGUUUCUUUUGGACUUGUGUCAGAUGAAAGCCACCUCUCACUGAUGUUGCCAGGAUGGAAAUGUACUGAUUGUGGUGUGCUAGGAGAACAUGGAGUUUUCAAUUUGUUUUCAAAAAGAGUCCUUGAUUUAUCAAAUAAAUACCUUGCUGCAACUGAAGGACAAUUUGGAAAGAAGGAUGGACAUGAGAAUAAUGAUUAUGGAACAAGGGACUUGGAAACAGUAUUUUUCUUAUUUAGCAGAAUAUCUUUAAUCUACGGGAUAAUUAACACACCUUCAGCAGUUACAGAUGAAAUUGAAAGUCCACAGAAACCCGAAUCUGUACAUGACAAAUGGCGAAAUGUAGAAGCCAUAACACUUUCAUGCCCCAAUUUUUAUGCAGAAUUACCAAGCAGUAAAAGUAGAUAUCAUUCCCCAGACUUGGGGAGCAUUUCACUGCUGAAACUCAUUUGUUGUUGGAACGACGAAUCUGUAAAGAUUGUUGAAGCAAUGCAAGCAGUGCUGCUGGCAGAAGUUCAGAGGACUAUUAAUCCUUUGAGAAAGACAGCGAUUUGCAGACAGCCAUUGGCCAUAGUAGAGAAUGGAAAUGCAGUCAGUGUGCUGAAGCAUGACAAGAGCUCCAAGUCGGCAAACUUCCAAGAUGUGGAGGAUACAUCUGACAGAUGUGUCUUGGAAGAGUCUGAGAGUCCAGAUGACAUGAAGCAACAUCCCUGGAUAUCUAAGGUCUGCUCCUGUAAGGUGUGCUAAAAAAAACCACUGAGACGAAAGAAUUGGAAGAUGUAGAAGGACAGCCAAGAAAUAAGACCUAUAUGGUGUGGUGCACAUGAAAUGGGUUUUUGUAUUUAUUAUGGUACCUUUAACAAUUAAUUUUCAGAAGAAAUACCUUCCAUAAGAUCAGCUUCUUUUGGCUGAUUUAUUGGCUUCAAUUCACACUUCCAUUGCUAGUAGAUUUACAUAUAUUCAACUAAAUUUGAGUUGUUUUGAUAUAGAAAAUAGCAAGUCUUCAUUUUUGGAUAUCAUUCACUUGUUUAUGUAGUGAUCUUUAGA